AUGAAGCUGACCACGCAGGCCUACUGCAAGAUGGUGCUACACAGCGCCAAGUACCCCCACUGCGCCGUGAACGGGCUGCUGGUGGCUGAGCGGCCGUCGGGUGCCCCGCGCCGUGACCAGGCCGGGCCCCCCUCGCUCUUCGUCGACUGCAUCCCGCUCUUCCACGGCACCCUGGCCCUGGCGCCCAUGCUGGAGGUGGCCCUCACCCUGAUUGACUCUUGGUGCAAAGAGAAUAGCUACGUGAUAGCUGGAUAUUACCAGGCAAAUGAACGCGUGAAAGAUGCCAGUCCAAACCAGGUUGCGGAAAAGGUGGCCUCCAGAAUUGCAGAGGGCUUUAACGAUACAGCACUCAUAAUGGUUGAUAACACCAAGUUUACAAUGGAGUGCGUAGAGCCUGCCAUUCAUGUAUAUGAGCUUCAUGAGAACAAGUGGAGGUGCAAGGACCCACACGUUGAUUUUUGUGAAGAUUGGACCGAAGCCCAGAGAAUCGCUGCAUCUCUCUUGGACAGCAAGUCCUACGAGACGCUUGUAGAUUUUGAUAAUCACCUGGAUGAUAUCCGGAACGACUGGACAAACCCAGAGAUCAACAAAGCUGUCCUCCACCUGUGUUAGAGGGGUUUCUACUGACUAAUUUGUGGGCAUUCCCACUAUGUACUGAAGAGAGAAAAAUGCUAUUUUUGAAUGUAAAUAGAAUAAUUUUCAGUACCUUGUGUGGAAACCCGACUGAUUAAAAAGGAGUGGCAUGUCACAUUGCAAAGAGUGAUGUGUCCAUAAGCCAUUGAAUCUUUUUUGUGACAGUCCUUGGAAGAACUGCAAACCGUCAGUUACAGCUAUCCUCAUGGACGCCGUCCCAGUUGUAGUGAAUGUUGCUAUUCCUUCGAAACCAGAACUACUUCUGCUUGUCCCUCCUGUUUGUAUUACAAAGUUUUGACUAAGCUUUUCUAAUCUUUAGAUUACUUUUUAACGAUUUAUGGAAAUACCUUGCAAAACAUCAGUCUCGUCCUCAAAUGAGAAAUUUUAAGGUUAAAUACAUGAAAUGUAAGGUUAAUGGUUUCUUUUGGCCUGGUUUGGAAAUGUCAUUCUGUUGGCACAGUAAAAUGCGAACUGCUGAGGA